GUAGCCGCGCCCCCUUCACGGUCUCCGCUGCCAGUCGGUUUUCUCACUACCGAGGGAUGCACUGAAGGAAGGAAAGCAUGGAGCCCACCGAAGAAAAGACGAGCAAAACGGUCGACAUAUAUCGCGACACAUGGGUCCGCUUCCUAGGCUACGCCAACGAGGUGGGGGAGGCCUUCCGUGCUCAGGUGCCAGUGAGUUUCGUUCGGGGAACCUACGCUGUGGCCACCGUGUACGUUACCGCCGAUGCUGUGGACAAAGGGAAGAAAGCAGCCGCCGCCCACGGCGACAAACCCGGGAGGGCGACGCGGGUGGCGGCGGCGGUGGUGGACACGUUCGUGUGGCAGGCCCUCGCCUCGGUCAUCGUACCGGGCUUCACCAUCAACCGGGUGUGUGCCGCGUCGCUGCACCUGCUGGCCAGAACCACAAAGUGGCCCCUGCCCGUCCGCAAGUGGACCACGACGGCCAUAGGCCUCUCUACCAUCCCCUUCAUCAUCACUCCUAUAGACAGGUCGGUGGAUUUCCUGCUCGACUCGAGCCUUCGGAAGCUCUACCACGAGGACGAGAAGGAAGAAUGAGGACGGAUCAUCAGGCACUAAAGAAUGGGGAUGAAGAAUUUCAUGGAGCAAGACCCGACAGCCGGUCGCGAAUGCAUAUAAUAAAAUAGAUUUUUUUUACAAAGUUAUUAAAGUCGGCUGAAAGGGAAUUCGUGCUUCAUGAAAUAUCUUGGAGGGAUCCUUACGUUGAACCUCUCUGGGCAAUCUGGGUAGAGACAACAGCGAAAUGCUUAUCAGGGCUGUAACAGUGUGACAUUUGUUUAAAUAUUCACGGUGAAAUCCUUCUUAUUAAAGUAUUCCUCGGCAGGGACACUGUUCUACUCCUCUGAUCCUCCCUACAGGGAACCCCUACAAGGUUACAAACUCCCCUCACGUCGACAGGAUUAAAGACAAAUCCUCCCUUGUGGUCUUUAUUUACCCUAUUCAGGGGUUCUACAAUGCCAAAAACAAAAGCCAGUUUUCUUUAAUGCUUCUCUUAUUCUUGACUUCCUUUGGCUGUUUCUGGUUUCAUUCUGAAAACCAAGGUGUCUGUUACUUUAAAUACAUGUUUCAUGUGCACGUUUCAUGGUUUCGUUUCACCUUGCUGGUGACGGGGGGCCACGUUUGCACCGGAAGCAUGCGGUUGUCUUACGAACAUUUCAAUCUAGCGUUGAGCUACUCGAAUACUUGUGGAGGCCGCUGGAGAAACGGGUUUUAAGGGAUUCUCUUGCACGUUUUUAUUGUUUUCACUGCUUUUCUCUGAGGAGCCGAGUCAUAAACUGUAUUUCAUGCUGAACUAUGCAAAAGGAACCUGAUGGGGAGGCGUGUACACGUGUGACAGUGAUAGUUCUCUCUCUUUAAAGAUGAAGAAUGUGGUGACGUUACAUGUCAUUUAGCUGACGCUUUCUGUCUAAAGCGACUUACAAUAAGUGGAGGUUGUCAUUGUCUUCUUUUAUGUACUCCAGUGUAAAACUCAAGCAAUAAGUGUUCUGUGUUAAAAAAUUCUCUUUGCUGUUGGGAAUAAUGUUCAAGGGGAGAGAUGAGACUGUGAAAUAUACAACUAUAUUUUCAAUAAUAUUGAAUUGUCAGUCCGGGAAACAAUGCACAACGUUUGUGUUUGAAUUGCUGCUUUGAAAUAUUGUAACGCGUGUGGAUUCAGCGCACGCGGCGACGGAUGUUUUCAUUCACUCAAGUUAACUUUGACCUCCUGUAAGUUCGAGGGUUCCGACCUUUUAAUUUCAGACAGCGUGACUCGUUACAGCAGGGAACGCACAAGAGUAACACUGUAACAUGGCCGAGGCCCGUAAAUGUAAUGCAGCCGUAAUAUUUUUCAUGGGCUUUUUUUCCUGCUUUGAUGAGCUUGGUGCAUCCAUUGGGAAAAUGUUCAAUUUUAACACUUGAGAUUGUUUACGGGACUUUAAUUGUCAUUGAUCGGUUUUUAAACCUGUUUUCAAUGUUUUUCUCUUGAAUUUUGGGUUUUAAUAGUCACAUUUUCAGCUUUAACUGAAAAGGGAAGAUUAAAACCUCAAACUCCAUGUUCACCAUGUGGAGAAUACAGUGUUUUUGUUUUCAAAUGAAAGCAGCUGUUGGAAGCCGAACUUCCAUUUGUAACAGUGGACAGCCACUAUAAAGCAGCCGCCCUGCUCUGUCUGUCCCUACUUCUGACUUUGGGAGGAAUAAAAAGAUGAAAACGCCACAGUUUGA